AACUGGAAUUAAAAAAACAACUACUCGUUUCAUAUUUAGUGAAGCCGGUACUCACACUUUUAUUCUGAAAACGGUACCGGAAACGGAGCUAUUCUUAAAUCUGCACUUCGCCUGUUUGUUUCUUUGCGCGGAAUUCCUGAAGAUUGUUGAAUCCUUUGUGAGAAUUGUUUGCACGACGUGUGAGGAAUUCCCAGCCGAACCACCCCGAAAGCAGACAACUGGGCUUGUAAAGGCAGACUGAGCAACAGGGAAUUACCACAUUUUGGGCCAAGGCAUCGCUCCUUUGGUGGGUAAAAGUUAGUCAUAAGUCUCAGAUGUGAGCGAAGGAGGAGGAAGAUGACGAGGAGGAGCUGAGCUAUGUGGCAAAAGUCUUUGGGAACACUGACGUAUCUAACAAAAAGUGAUGGAGGGCGAAAAAGAGAGACAGAGGCAGCAGGGUGAGGAGAAGGAGAGCAACGAGGCCGACGACGGCAUUAUGAGCGGCGAUGACGAUGUCGGUGACAACGACGAUGAGGAUUCAGAGGGUGCGGCUCUGGUCUGGCAGGAAGGCUACAGUGAGGACAACCUGGGCCUUCCCAUCAUGCACUGGGAGGCACUCAGUCUGCGUAUCGCAGAGUUGGAGAAGCAAGAGGAGGAGAAGAAGGAGAAGAUGGCAAAGAGUCAAGUGUCUCUGGAGCGAAGCCGAGCACCGGUUAGCUGGACAGGAGAGCGAGGAAGGCGAAGAGAAAGCUGCGACGAUGACGACGACGACGAGGCCUGCAACAGUCACAUGACGGCCCUCAGCUCGCGGCUGCAGACGCAGAUGAACCUGCAGCUGUGCUUCAUCAAUGACAGUGAAAGUGAGGAAGAAGACGCGGAGAAGGAAGAUGACGUCCGCAAGAAGAGAGGAUCCAUUCCUGUUCAUAAGAGCCCUCAGCCUGCAGCCAAGCCGGAGAAAACAAAAUCCAGAGGUUUCCGGAACACUUGGAAGAAGCUGCGAGACAGACUGCGAGCAGACCACAAGCCACUGACACCAGCCGCCAACGAUAGCAUCGUCCAGCGGAGGCACUUGGAGCGCAGUGAUUUGCAGAACUAUACCAUGAAGGAGCUCACUGCUCUUUGUUCCUCCCUCAGACAAACUAUACAAGACCUAAGUACCGAACUGGUGGGCCGCCUUCAGAUGCGGGACCAGCUGAGGACGGAGCAGGACGCCAUGUUGCUGGAGGUUCAAGACCUGACCUCGCUGGGAACACUGCUGAGCAAUCCCAGCUGAUGGUGACACCUUGAGAACAUUCUCAUCAUGCAGUUCUACCUUUAAAUAAACUAACGGCACUGGAGAACAAAAGCUGACACAGCGCCCCCAUCUGGCUGUAAAGAACACAUGAGUCGCAGUGCAGAAUGUAUCCUGUUUUUUUGUUGUUAAUAUCUGUGUAAUGAAGUGUUCGAAUUAUGGAACAUUAUGAUAUUUUUGGAAUUACUGAUCGUACAAAGGGUGUAAUUAUCACACAAAUUGAAAAAUAAUUGUAUGUCUGGCAAUGCUUACAUAAAUGGACAAACAAGCAUUCCCAUUCUCUCCUUUGGACAUUCUUUUGCAGUAGAUCCUAGGAAUAGCAGUUUUCCUGUCAUGUACUGCAUCUUUGAACUUAAAAACAGCAAACCCAUGCACAGGUUAUAUAUACUGUAUCACUGUAACAUUCACCAGGAUUUCACAGCAUUUAACAAUGUCAUUUCACAGUGAAAUACUGUGAUCAAAGUCCUCUAAUAUCACAACAAAUUAUUUUCAAUUCAAACGGAUUUGUCUCUUAAAGGGGAACUGCACUUUUUUGGAAUUUUGCCUGUCAUUCACAAUCAUGAGACAUGACGACGGGUGAUUUUUUUUAACGCAUUCUAAAUAUGAAAUAAACGUAAAUAAAAGUCUGCUUACAACAGAG